CCGCAGCCGAACUGCCCUAUGGCCCAGGCGAAGAUUAACGCGAAAGCCAACGAGGGGCGCUUCUGCCGUUCUUCCUCCAUGGCCGACCGCUCCAGCCGCCUGCUCGAGAGCCUGGACCAGCUGGAGCUCCGGGACCUGAUCAUUUUGGAAGCGAUGGAGAGGGAGAAGGCAGUCCAGGAAUGACUUCAUGUGGAAGAUGAUGUUUGAACGGAGCCGUGAAGGAAUGGGGAGUAUGGGGGAGGGAAGGAGAACCAAGGUCGAGGCUCAGUGUUUCUGGGGACAGGAGGCAAUGUGUCAGGAUGGUGCCAAGGUACAGAGGUCAGACUGCAGCAGGCUUUAUGCGCAAAACAGCGCUUUUGUAGGUGAUCCUAGUGCUGAUAGGAGCCGCAGGAGGCUACUGAGAAGGGGAAGCUUAGUCAGACCUGUAAUUUAGUAAAAUUGCUUUGCCCAUAUGUAUACAUGCACCCAUUUUGUGUGCACUUCUGUAUAGAUACGUAGACACGUCCCUAUAUAAACAUUUGUGAACUUUAGAUUACUCUGUCCUACUUAGUCUAACAAAAUCAGGAAUGUCUACACCCAUACUUAAGGAUUAAGUAUUUAGGAGGAUGGCCUAUGACAGACAUGUGCUAGCAAAUGACAAAUCAGAAACAACUGACAGAGCCCUGGGCUGUCCUGUCAAGCUUAAGCUCCCAUUGGUACAUGUAAGACACAGGAAAGUGAUAUAAGAACCUUCUAUAUAUUUCAUGUCACUUCCUCUCUCUGGCCUCUUUCCGCAGAGAGGUGGCUGGUGGAGCAUGCUGAGCAUUUUGGCAUCUUGGUGUGGUGACAGCUAUUGUCUAUUUGGGUGGGUUGAAGCUUUGAGAGAUGCAGCAUCUGCUGUAGAACAAGAAAAAGAAAUUCUCCUAGAGAUGAUCCAUUCUAUACAAAACAGCCAAGAAAUGAGACAAAUCAGUGAUGGAGAAAGAGAAGAAUUAAGUCUAACAGCAAAUCGUUUGAUGGGAAGAACCCUCACUGUCGAAGUUUCAGUAGAAACAAUUAGAAACCCCCAGCAGCAAGAAUCACUUAGGCAUGCCACAAUGAUUAUUGAUGAAGUGGUCAAUAAGUUUCUUGAUGACCUGGAAAAUGCCAAGAGUCAUUUAAUGUCACUGUAUGGGGCUUGUUCAUCUGAGGUACCACCUGGACCCAUUGAUCAGAAAUUUCAAUCCAUAGUAAUUGGAUGUGCUCUCGAAGAUCAGAAGAAGAUUAAGAGGCGAUUAGAGACUUUGCUUAGAAAUAUUGAAAACUCUGAUAAAGCUAUCAAGCUGUUGGAGCAUUCAAAAGGAGCUGGCUCAAAAGGUUUGAAACAAACUAGCUUAAACCAAGUUUAAAUUACUUGGGCAACUUAAAAGGGGCAAAUGAAUUUCCAUGUAAAGAUAAGAAAAUACUAUUUUAAGUGAUAGCUCCGUGUAUUCCCUUAUAAAUGUCGGGCAGACCCAUUCAUUCUGUUUCAGCUGAUAAAAAUAUCCCCGAGUCAUUGCUUUUACCAUGGAGACAUUUAUAACUAGAAAAUAUUAACUAUAGCUCUAUUUUUUUAAGUGAAUUUUUGUCUUAUCUGGUAAAUCAUUACUUUUGACUCUAUUUUGGUUAAAAACACUCAACUAUAUGAAAACAACAAAAAAAUGUGAAGUAUUCACCAGUACUGUUUCCUCCUGUAUAUACAUCUAUCUUGUAGUACAGUCAACUUGGCAAAUAUAUCAACUGAAAUUUUUUCAUUUAAAAUUUGUCAAGGCUCUAUGGAACAGCUGGCUGUGUUAGCAUUCUGACUCCUACUUCUAGAACACAGGCGAGUCCUAGGUCCUGCCUGAUUGAACAGCAUGGGAACAAAUUCAUUCAUUCAAAACUCACUUAUUCAAUCCCUGUUAAGUUGGGCAUGAGACCCUAAAUCAAUUAGCAAUGAGUGCCUUAUGAGAAAUCCAAGAUAUGGUCCUCAUCCUAAUUAAGGAGCUUUUAACAGCAUCCCUGGCCAUAGAAAAGUUAUUUUAAUUCAUUUUCCAAAUAUUUGUGGAGCAUCUCCAGGUGUAAGACAUGAUGGUACAUACUGUUACAUAGAUAAAAAGAGUAAAGCAUGAUUCCUGCUCCCAGGGAUCUUUAUCUUAAAGGUUGACUUAUUCCCGGGGAUGUACGGUUAUCCCAAAUCUACCGUUGGGUUCUGAGCAGUUUUGCUUUUAUUCUAAAGAUAUGUUUGAAGAAAUACCAAAAGAUAACUUUGAAACUAACAUUCUGUGUUGGGGGGAAAAAAUACCAGUGUGAUUUUAUUCUAAUUGACAUGAAUUAUCUUCAGUAUAAUAUUGUAGCCAAACAGAAAAUGCUUAUCCUAGUUUGGCAUCUUCUCAGUAUUCAGCACACCUAUAGUUUUUACCUCCCUCUUCCCAUCAAGUUUGCCCUUUGAAAUCUAAUUUUAUUUGAUUAGGUGUUAAGUGGAAUGGUCAUAAUACAUUCUGAAGGUAAAUAUGAUUCUGGCUGUGUAGGUGGGGUUAUUACCCAGAAUACCCAUAUUUCAGGUCCUCUUCACCAGUAUAGAUAAUGGAAUUGAUUAUACUUUGCUUCCUUUGUUCUUUUAAAAUCCAGCUGUGGCUCUGUGAAGCCUUCCCUGAUUGCCCAAAUUAGAAGUGGUCCCACUCAACUCAAUUUCUCAUGCUUGUUUGGCCUUUCCUACGUAAUCACAUUCUAACUUUAUUACACGUUUUGGCAGACAUUUUUAUAUUUAGAUUGUAAGCCCUUUGAGGGCAGACUAUUCCCCCCCCUUCAAUCUUUGUGUUCUUAGCAUCUAGCAUAUAAUAGGCAAUAAAUGUUUGAUGAAUAGUAA